AUGGCAACAUUAGUGAAAGAGAGGGAGGUAGCUCACUGUCAGACGAAUAGGGGAGUUUUAGAAGCGAUCAAACGAUCAAGGGAGGUAGGAGUCUCAGACGACGAAUUGGAGGGUGAAUCUAGCCAAGAAACUCAGCUCUACGGUCCAUCCAUCCGAGGUCCGCCUCCAAGCAAAUUCGCUCCUUACCUACCUGAAGAUCCAGCUCUUCAAGUACUUCAUCAACUCUGUGCGUUUGAGCAAGUUUUGCAGGAGGUCAUAGCGGAGAAGGAUGGUUUGAAGGUAUCACCCAUCAAAGCUAGUCUGAGAGUUGAGUUGGACUUUGAGGAAAUCAUCAAGCCGUUUCUAGUAAAGGGAGAUGUCCGUGUCGCUUCCGAUCAUUUCAACCAGUGCUACCAGGAAACGGCUGACUGGUCAAUCUGGCUGAACAGUACCGAGACCCAACUCAAGAAGAAAGAUAACAUCGUACCCGAGCAUUGGCUGAAAUUGAUCGAGAAGAGCUUCCUUUCAUUUUUAUCGAUUGGCUCUCUACAUCUUCAAUCCUCCCUUCAUCUAAAGGACUUACAUUUCGUCGUCUUCUCCUUCCCUGAGGAGAUCGACGACAUUCCCGAAGCUGGAUCUGAAGAAGGUUUGACAUUUGAGCAUGAAGUCGAUGGGAGAGAAAUCACUCUGAUAGGUCUGGGUCCAGCAAGAACUAUCAAUCACUCUUGCGAGCCUAACGUGUAUUGGGAGUUGGAAACGGAGACACUUGAUUACUUGCCAGAUGGUUCUUUACCUAACAUCGGAUUUACAUGUCUCCCUAUAGAUAGGGUCGAAGAAAAGUUCAUUAACCGUGGACAGCAACUCACUGCUUUCUAUAGCGACUACAUUGCUGAGAAUCUUUGUUCACAUACAUCCGCUAUAUCCAAUAGUGAUUGCAAGUAUCCCACCUAUCACCAGCAAGGCAAACGAGCAGACUCGGGCAGUGAUUCGGAAUAUGAGCCUGAAGAUUCAGACGACGAGACGAAACCAGCUUUUGUAAGGUCGAAAACUGAAAGUCAAAUGGAAGUCAAGCGAAGAUCGCCACGCCUACCUGCGUACAAGAAAGUCGCAGGUGAUUCAGCUCGAACGACACAAGUGAUUCUCCCUCACAAAGCCACACGAGUGACUGGAAAAUUGAUCAGUAAUGACAUAUGUUCAGCAGGCAAACCACCUGCAAUACAGCCUUCCCUGCCCUCGAUGCACCCGAUGAAGCAACUCAGUAGUCCAGUCAAGCGCAAGCUCCCUUCGGAUGAAUUUACCAUGGCGAAUUCAGACCAGCAGAAGCCGAAAGCCAGUAAAGCUGAGACUACGAAUUUGGAUUCGAUUCACAAGCAAGCCAAUGAACAGUCAUCCAAACCCGCUGUUCAAGAAGAUGACAGCAAGAAAUGCGACCUUACUCGAUCAUCUCUCUCAUUCCAUCAGACUUCUCCUCCCAGUACGACUCAGAAUUCUCACUUACCUGAAUCUAACAGUACAAAGAUUAGCCCACUUCGAGAUGCCUUCGAUCUUUUCUCGAAUAUUUCAGAAGAACAAUAUCCAAUUACCUCAACUUCGAUCCCGAUGUCAAAUGCAACUCCACUCCUUCAAGCGUUUCUGAACAGUCAACAGAUCGUGAUCAAUCAGCAAGAAUUGUUCAAUGCUCAAUUGGCCAAUCCCAAGGUCACGGAAGCGAUGAUUAGGAAGACUCAAGAUAUGUUGGCAAGGUAUCAGGAUACUCAAGAUAGAUUGUGUAAGAUGUUGUGGGGUGAAAGACUCAAUUGA